UCGGGGCGGGCGAUGCUGGGCCCGCGGGCGCGCCGCCGGGAGGCCGCAAGAUGCCGGCCAAGCUCAAGAACCGCUACAACCUGGUGGACGACGCGGGCGACUCGCGGGUGCCGCUGCACAACGAGGAAGCCUUCCAGCACGGCAUCCACUUCCAGGCCAAGUACAUUGGGAGUUUGGACGUGCCAAGACCCAACAGCCGCGUGGAGAUCGUGGCAGCGAUGAGAAGGAUCCGGUAUGAAUUCAAGGCCAAGAAUAUCAAGAAGAAGAAAGUCAACAUUGUCAUCUCGGUGGACGGGGUGAAAGUGAUCCUACGCAAGAAGCAGAAGAGGAAGGAAUGGACCUGGGAUGAGGGCAAGAUGGUGGUGAUGCACGACCCCGUCUACCGGAUCUUCUACGUUUCGCACGACUCCCAAGACCUGAAGAUCUUCAGCUACAUCGCCCGGGAUGGCGCCAACAAUUCCUUCCGGUGCAACGUCUUCAAGUCCAAGAAGAAGACCCAGGCCAUGCGCGUGGUGCGGACCGUGGGCCAGGCCUUCGAGGUGUGCCACAAACUGAGCCUCCAGCACGCGCUCCAGAACGCAGACGGCCAGGCCGACGGCGCCAGCAACACUUCGGCGGACGACCCCCACCUGGAAGGUCUCCAGCUGGCUGGGCCGGCCAUGGCUGAGGAAGAACCCGUCCCUGCUGACUCCCAGGGGUCAUAUGUGCCUGACUGCGGGGCGUGUGAGCUGCCUUUGGCUGUGCCCGACCUGGGGGUCCCGAAACCUGGGCUGAGCCUCAAGGACAGGAGCAGCCAGGAGAACGAGAGUGGCUCCCUGCGUCCCGCCGCUGCGCAGCCCCUGGGCAGCCCCGGCAGCCCCUGCUCCUCCACCUCGGUGACCCCGCUCGCCUCCCAGCACUGCCUCCAGCUCCUCCAGCACCAGCUCCUCCAACAGCAGCAGCAGACGCAGGUGGCGGUGGCCCAGGUGCAGCUGCUGAAAGACCAGCUGUCGGCCGAGACCACCGCCCGCAUCGAGGCUCAGGCCCGCGUCCGCCAGCUGCUGCUGACCAACCGCGACCUCCUGCAACACGUCUCCUUGCUGGUGCGGCAGCUCAAGGAGCUGGAGAUCAAGGUGCAGCUGCGGCAUCCAGUUGACCGCUCACUGCAGAAUCUGACGCUGGCUCAGUCCCUUUCCCUCAACCUGAAGAACCACUACAGCCUCGAAAUCAACCUGCCGUCUACGUCGACCCCGGCCAGUGUCCUGGGCAGCCCCGUGACCCUGCUGGGCACCUGUGAAUCCUACCUGAACCUGGCCAACUUGGAGACCGGCAGCGGGCUGCCCAACGGCGCGGAGAACGAGGAGCACCUCGCGGUGCUGGAAGGGCCCGACGGCCUGCGCAGCGUCGAGGGCUCAGAGGCCGCCGAGUGCAGCGUGCCCAACGGGACCAGCCGGCAGAAGGGCGGCGAGCCGAGCGCUCGGGCACAGGAGGAAAGGUUGCAGCCGUUCAUUCCCAAGCUGAACCCCCCUCCGCCCACUCUGAGGAGGAGGUCCAGUAAAACCGCCCUGCCCUGCCUGGAAGCCGAGACCGCAGCCGGUGCCCCCUCCACGCUCAGCAGCAGCAGCAGCGUCGCCGUCUUCUCCCUCUCUAAUCUGGAGUCCGGGGCCAGGACGCUGGGAGAACGGCCCACACCUGGCUGUGCAGAAAACCGGGGGAAUCCGAGGCAGGAACGCGCUGGGGAGGACGGCCUGGCCCCGCUGCCAAAGGCCGUUCUGGGUCGCCUCGAUAAGGAUCCGACGAGGGACUCGGCGGGCAACUUGGACGUGACAUGGGCCUUCUCCUCGGGCGGCAACGAAACCCGCUUGCAUAUCAGCCUCUCGGAGGAUGAGCUAGACAAGGCCGGAAUCUGCAUUGCCCGUGCGUGAGCAGACUGGCGGAUUCCGCGAGGGCAGCUUGGCCUUAUAAAAGAGGGAGACUUCGAAUCCAAGACGUCAUCUCUAAACGGAGACCGCUUGGAGGCUCCAAAGUCCUCCCCGAGACAGUCUUCCACACAAGCAAAGGCCUUCUGAGAGCGCUCAGAACUCCGUCGGACGGCGAGCAGGUGUGAGCCUGGCUCAUUUUUGAUGGGAAACCCUCCAAGAACCCGGCCGGAAACCAGGAUCCAAAUGCAGGAAGGAAACACCACCGAAGGCUCUCGUCAGCUCCCCGGGAAGGACCUUGGCACUGUUUGCUGAAUGUCGGGGUGUGCCUGGAGAUUGUCCUCACGGCCAGGGAAGGUUUGGGGCAAAGAGUCAGGAAGGGUAGUUGCAGAAAGCCUGUAGUGCAAGAGAUAGCCGGGGGAUGCGGGGAGAGAUUGCAUCGCGAGUUCGGCAGAGUUUAGUCAUUAUUUCCACUUGUGGGGUAUGGAUUCAGGUGAACUUCAGGUGGAUUCAGGUCCGCCUAUACCCAGAGUCGCAGAUGAUAGAAGCUCAAACACCAUCUGUGUUGGGAGGGUGGGGAAACUCCUCCAAGGUUUUGCAGCCAACGAGAACUAGCACAAGGGCAUUUUGGCUUCAAAAUUUGGAGAAGGGAAGGCCUGGUUCCCCCCCCCCCAAAAAAAGCCUCCCUUCCCUCUCUGUAAACCCAUCGUUUGUGGAGAAAAUCCCUCGCACAAUUCGACUCCAGCAGUUUAAUUGCCACAGGUGGGAAUUCCCUGCUCAGGUAGCAGGGAAUGGCUAAGGGAACCUAGGGCUGUGCAGCCUUCACUCAAGAGCCGCCCCCCCCUCCCAGGAUUCCCCCCCUUACGCAUCCGCAGCCAGCCCUGAACAUGCAAAUGGUAUUGUGGCUGCAAGGGUCCAUUCGUAUUGUAGAUUUAUUUGGUGGCAAAGAUAAGAGACGUCUCUUUUUUCCUCUUCUGUCGCAGCCUUUAUGUAUUUUUGUGGCAGGAGAAAUAAGCAUUCAGUUUUCCCAGAUGUUGGGGUAGCUAUUUCCACGAUCCUGUUCCAUUUUUAAAAUCGGGCAGGUAAAAUCCAACUACUUUGAGUGGGUUGAGGGUGUUGGAGCAGACAAGUCCUAGAGAAACAAAAGUGGGCCACACAGAACAGGACCAAGCUGGCCAUAACUUUAGCAGCCCAAUGAGAAUAUCCUCUUCCAGACCUUGUUGCCCCAGCAAGAAAAUAUAAACUAGGAGAAGUUUGUAUGUGCUGCAUUUCUCCAUGGUUGCUUCUCUACUAGCCUAAGAUGCAUUUUAAAGAUAAUAUCUGUCGGAAGAGAGAAGCAUUUGGCUCUUCUAAUUUGCUUUGCUUCCCUGUCGGAAGGAAGCACAUCUGUGCCGAUUAUUUGGGGGGGGGGCUGUAGCUGCCAAGUGUUGUUUAGACUCCAACUCCCAUUACCCCCAGCCCAUAUAGCCAGUGGUCAGUGAUGAUGAGAGUUGUGAUUCCCCAUCUUCUGGAAGGCUACAGUUUUUCCACACCUGCUGUAGAUAUUCAAAAGUGCUUUGCCCAUAGGACUUUUUUUAAAAAGCUUGGCUCUGUUGCUGGGGGGAAACACUCUGCACAUGCUCAGACACACUUGGCCUUCAGGUGGGAUAAAAAUUGGGCGUGAGCAGUCACGCAAAAACAUUGUGAUGCGUCCAGACGCAGCCCCCGUUCAGCUGUGUGAAUCAACCCCUGACAAACAGGAGAAGGCGAGAAAUGGAAGCUGUAGUGAGCAACUCGCACUACGGGGCCUGACCUCAUGUGUGCAAAGCUGGGGAAAAAUAUGUUAAAGCCCAACACCUGAAGUCAUGCAAAAGCAGGUGGAA